CUUCGAUCCACAACGCCGUCUCUCGGUCUUCUUCGUCAAGUCAGCGAUAGCAGAAGCAACGCCGCCCUUGUUCUUCUUCGAUUGAGAGUCGCCGAACGAUGGCGGUGACGGGCCAAACCAGCGGCGACAACCCUUCGACGAGGACGACCGGAGCAGAGUUGCGACCGACAUCAAACAACCUCAGCAGUGGCGAGGUGGAGACCAACAAAUUCUUCUCCGGCAAAUCAGUGACGCGACAUCGCUCAAUCCAACAGCGAGUUCCGGCGGCGACGUCGGUGACGGACCACAGUGGACCAUCGACGAAUUUCGCCGGCGACCCCCCUGUCCAGCGACCCCUGUUCCGGCGACGGCGGGUCAGCAGCGGGCGGCCCUCUGUUCUGGCGAACAACUUCCAGUCAUGGUGUUUCUCUGGCGAGUGACCUCCAGCGACUGGCAGGUUUAGACCUUGACCAACAGGGGCAGUUUCGACGACCAAUUUGGGUGACCGGCCCCGAGUGACAUUUCCUUCAAAUGAAUCGAACCAACGAGGUAAUCAUGGAGGGGUUGACCUUGAAAUACGUCCUGGAGGGCAGCGCGACGGAGGAGACGUACGGAUGCAGGGAUUUAAUAAUGUUUGAUGUAAUUAUAAAGCUUCCGCACUGUUUGUAUAAACUCUGAUAUGUAUU